AUGGAGAGCACACAGAGAAGUUUAAGCUUGUUGGUACUUUGUUUCCUGGUUAUGGGAGCGAUGCUAGUGAGUGGUCAGAGUGCAAACAACGUAAGAGCAACAUACAAUAACUACAACCCUCAGAACAUAAACUGGGAUUACAACACAGCCAGUGUUUACUGUGCUACCUGGGAUGCUAACCAGCCUUUGUCAUGGCGUAGCCAAUACGGUUGGACUGCCUUUUGUGGACCCGCCGGGCCUACAGGCAGAGAUUCUUGCGGCAGAUGCUUGAGGGUGACAAAUACUGCAACUGGAGCUCAGGUAACAGUGAGAAUAGUGGAUCAGUGCUCUAAUGGUGGACUGGAUUUGGAUGUGAAUGUCUUCAAUCAAAUUGAUACCAACGGAGCUGGUCGCCAGGCGGGUCACCUUACAGUUAACUAUGUCUUUGUUAAUUGCUAA